AUGAGUGUCCAGGAGUACGAGAUGAUCCAGGAGGAGGACGAGCGGUGCCUGAAGCGCUACAGGAAGCAGUGCAUGCAGGAAAUGCACGAGAGGCUCAGCUUCGGCCCCAAGUUCGAGAGCGUGCACGAGCUGGAGAGUGGGGAGGCCUUCCUGGAGGUGAUAGAGAAGGAGCACCGGCUCACCCUGGUGGUGGUGCACAUCUACCAGCACGGGGUCAAAGGUUGUGAGCAGAUGAACUCCUGCCUGGACUGCCUGGCGGCUGAAUAUCCAACGGUGAAGUUCUGCCGCAUCGACGCCGUGGAAACGGGAGCAGCCGAGCGCUUUUCCUCUGAGGUCCUCCCGGCCCUGUUGGUGUACAAAGCCGGGGAGUUACUGGGAAACUUCCUGGCUGUGGACAAACGUUUAAGCGAGGAGUUUUUUGCGACAGACGUGGAGGGGUUCCUGAACGAGUUCGGCCUCCUUCCUGAGAAAGAGUUCGGGGCCUGUGCUAAUGAAGAAGAUGAUGCUGGAGAUGUGGAAUAA